UAUCGGUUCGGUCUUUAGUUCGUUCUUACGUCUUCCCUCCAAGUUGCGAUAUGCAAAUAACAAUAAUUUAUACUUUAUAAGUUAUAACAUUCCAUUCUAGUUCCUAUUCUGUAAUCUAAUUUAUUGUUAUAGUUGUGUGUAUGUGCUGCUGUGCCUUGUAGCCGUCUAAUUUAGACAGCGGAUUUCUGUACAAUCAUGGUAGUAUUGAAAACUGUGCAACAUUACAUACUAUAUAAUAUUAUAUAAACAUAUAGAAAUUCAUGCUGAUGGAUAGAACAAAAUUGUAUAAAAAAAUACCUAAUAGUAGUAUUAACUCUAGCCUAUCAGCUAGUAAUUCAAAUUUGACAAAUACUACUCCAAGUAAUAAAAACACUCCGAAAAAUAGCAAUACUCGAUCUAAAAGUAAUCUAAAUUUUAAAGAGAAUGAUGCUGUUAAACGACUCAAAAAUUUUAGCUCCAACGUUACCCUAGAAAGAAAUGGCAGUAUGCCAAAUCUAAACGCAACUGGUAAUAGAUUGCAAUUGGACAAAAUCACCAAGCUACGAUUUGCAUAUGACAAGUAUCUCAGCAGCUUGGAAGCAAAAUAUGUGUUUCAGAUGAUUGAAAAAAAUAUAUCUUCAAAUGUCAAUGAACAAAAAAAGGUUUUUAGGGAUGAAUUUAAUAUUCUCAAAGAUCAAUUAGUGACUUUAAGUAAAGAAUUGGAAAUGAUAAAUGGAUUAAAAAUUGAAAAAAAAUUAAUCGAUCAAAAAAUUGAAGGACUUGAAAUGCUUAAUAAAGCUCUUGUAUUUAAUGAUUCAGACGAAGAAAUUAUGACUUUGUUCUCUAGUACGGCAUCCAAAGUUGUUAUUAAAAAUUUUAAGCAAUUGAACGAAGAUGAUUUAAAUGCUGUUAAGAUGCUGUUGAAUGAAAUUAUAGAGCCAUUAAAACUACUCGAUUAUGAAAAUAAAAUUAAUGUGAGAAUUCAAUUAAAAGAUUCAUUGAUUAAAGUAGCAAUGUUAACGAAAGAAUUAGAUACAUUAAAAUUGAAGUGUGAAGAGUUAUUUGACGAACAAGAUAGUUUGCUGAAUUAUAAUAAAUCACAUAAAAUAUUAAAAGCUCAAUUUGGAGAAAACCCAGACUCAAAUUUACUGCCAACAAAGAGUAACUUAGUGGAAGAAGUUGAAAAUAUGUUAAAUGAAAUAGAAUGGUAAAUUAAAAAAUCAAAUAUUAUACUUUACUCUUUUUUACUUAAGUUUUUUUUAUUUAUUUUUGUAUUUUUAUCGUAUGUCGAUUUUUUUUUUAAGUACUAAAUUACUAAUAAACAGUAUAUUUAUUCUAUUUCAAUUUUACUUUUGUUAUAAAUUAUUUUAUUUUAAAAAUUUUAUGGGCAUCGACCCAAUACUAGUUGUAAAAUACUAAGUUGUAUAAUUUAAAAUAUACAUUAGUUUGGUAAUCAAAAAUAAACGGUACAUAAUCAAACUAUAUAUUAAAAA